AUUCCGCAAAGCCAAACUGAAGAAAAACCAAAACCUUUUGGGGGUUCAUCUACGACGUUGAUCCGUUUCUUACUCUCCGUCGCCGGAACAGUUGAAAUGGCGAAGUCUUGUAAGGGUCUUGCUGAGGAGCUUGUCAAGUGUCUCAGUGAAUCGAUCUGUGUCAAGGACGAGAAACGGUCAAUUAGGGACUGUGCUGGUGAAAAAAGCCCAUGUAUACCGAGCGAGUGUGUUGGCCUAAGGGAAACCUACUUCAAUUGUAAAAGAGGACAGGUAGACAUGAGAGCCAGAAUUCGAGGAAACAAAGGCUACUAACAGAAGAGAAAAAUAUUGGACACUGCGCACCUGCUUGUUCGAUAUCACAUUUUUUACUUUGUUAUUUUGUGUUCUUUCUUAUCAAAGGCUACUAACAGAAGAUAUAAUAUUGGAAACUGAGCACCUGCUUGUUCGAUAUCACAUUUUCACUCUCUUAUUUUUGAUCAAUUCCUUUGUCAUGUCAAUAUCAAGUUAUGCUUGUUCCUUUA